AUGGGAGGCCCAGCCACGCCCCCGGCCCUCCCUGCCCUUCUCUGCCUCAGGGUCCUCACCAAACCCUCCAUCUGGGCUGACCCAGGUGUCAUGGUCGCCAAGGGAAGCCCUGUGACCAUCUUAUCUCCAGGAUCUCUGAGGGCUGAUGAUUACCGUCUGUAUAGAGAGAGGCCCUCUGGACUCUGGGAGGCUAAGGCCCCACAGGACUCCAGUAACAAGGCCAGUUUCCCCUUCGAAUCCUCGAGCUCAAGCACCGCAGGGCAGUAUCAGUGUGUCUAUCGCAGCAGGAAAGACAGGGGUGCACAGAGCCCCUCCCUCUCAGCCCAGCCACGCCCUGUGGUGGCCUCAGGAGGGAGCGUGUCCCUGGCAUGCAGCUCACAGUUUGCAGGGGGCACUUUGCACCUGCUGAAGGAGGGAGGCGUGUACAGGGAGCCCUCCGUCUCAGCCCAGCCAGGCUCACUCGUGCUCCGUGGAGACAGCCUGAUCGCCGGAAUGUACAGGAAACCCUCCCUCUCAGCCCAGCUGUGGGCCUCAGGACCCUGCAGAGAGAAUGUGACCCUGCAGUGUGGCUCUGAGGUCUGGUCCGAUCCACUGCAUCUGUCCAAGGAGGGGUCACUCACUCCUCCCCAGCACCUUCGUCUGCAGGACACGGCUCCACCCUUUCAGAACAGCUUCACCUUGAGUCCUGUGACCUCAGCCCACAGUGGGACCUACACGUGCUACAGCUCACUCAGCACCUCCCCCUCCCUCAUGUCACAGCCCGGCGACCCCUGGAGCUCCUGCUCUCAGCCCCUCACCCUGAGAGAACGACACAAGAGCGGGUGGCUAGCCACAGUGGGACUACACGUGCUACAGCUCACUCAGCACCUCCCCCUCCCUCAUGUCACAGCCCGGCGCCCCCUGGAGCUCCUGCUCUCAGGGUCAGGCGUGCAGACAGGUCUCAAAUGGUACCUGAAUGUCCUGAUUGGGGUCUCGGUGGCCUUCGUCCUGCUGCCCCUCGUCCUCCUCGUCCGACACCGGGGUCAGAGCAGACGCAGGAAGUCGGCCUCUCCCUUCUGGAAGCACCUGCCCUGUGGGCUACUGCAACCCCACACCUGGUCUCCUCUGACCUUCAAGGUGUUGAAUGCUCAGGUCGAGCUGGCAGGGCUGAAGUCAGGGGAGCCCCCAGCAGAGCCCAGCGCAUAUGCUGCUCUCUCCAUCCACCAGCCCAGGAAGGACCCAGACCCCACGCUCCAGGGACCGGAUUUCAGGGACCCCCAGGAGCUGCCCCCAUAA